AAAAACACUCUUUUACUUCUAUUUCUCAUCCCAACAGGAAGUGGUUCCCUCCUACCUGGCCACCUCUCCGAUCAUGUCAGACGGGGCCGCUCUCAUGAAUUCCUCUCUGAUGGGGAAGAGCUCUGGGCCGCCCGUGCUGACGCUGGGCUCCGCAGGGAACAACGGGGAGCCCGGUGGUGGGAUGAUGAAGAAGAGGAGGAAGAGGAGGAGGAAAGCCAGGGCAGACAACGUGAGGAGGGAGGAGAGCGGAGACUACUCCGGAGACGAGGACAUGUUCACCAUAGACAUCAGCUCUGACGAAUGCGCGGAGAUGGAGAGCAACAGGUCUUCUUCCCGAGAUGUUUUAAGAGACGAGACAAACGUCGGUUCAACCAGCGGCUCCUACAAACAGGCUGGAAUCUACACCCACUCAGAUGGAGAGUGGAGUCCCAUCCAUAGCCCUGGAAACUCUCGUCCCACGUCCACUAAGAGUGACUCUGAAUUGAUGACCAAGCCGUCAGACGCGGACAACCAGAAUCCAGCCAUGCACUGGGCGUGGGGAGAGCUGCCACAGGCUGCCAUGCCGUCCUUCCUCCCAGUGAGGUCCGACCCUCCACCAGUGUGUCCCGUAUCCAUCCCCGUGUCUGACAGCACCCAUUUCCGCGUGAUUACUCACGACACGUCUUCAGAACGAUGCGGACCCCCGUCUGAAAUACCAAGGCUUCAGCUGCUGAUGCCGGACGACACUGUCGCCACAGAACAAACGGUUGUCACGGUUGGGAUGGAUUUAGAAUCCACGAGGAUGGAGUCUCAGACCGUCACCUCAGAGACCCAGGUGUCGACGGUGGAAAGUGUUGCUGCUCGUAUGAUGGCUGACCUGGAGGACGCGUUGCCGCGGCCGCUUGGCAAGUCUGACUCUCCAUCCAAGAGAAAAGUUGUAGACAAGAGGAGCCGCCAUCUCGGUUCAGAUGGGAUUUACCUGGAUGACAUCACAGAGCUCGAGCCUGAAGUGGCAGCACUUUACUUCCCUAAGAGUGACGGCGGUGCAACCGUGAGGAGCAUCUCAGACCCGGGCCUCCACAGCGCCAGUCUGUCCCCGCAGUCGAUCAGCUCCGGAGGAGACAGCGGCUUGGACAGCUACUGCGACCACAUGUCUGACCUGCCGUCUAUCGCUGUCUCUCUGUGUGGAGGCCUCACUGACAACAGGGAGAUCACAAAAGAGCAGUUCCACGAGAAAAUCAUCUCCUACCAGCAGUUUGCAGAGAACCCCUCCCUCAUCGACGACCCCAACUUGGUUGUAAAAAUCGGCUCCAAGUACUAUAACUGGAGCUCUGCGGCUCCACUUAUGCUGGCGAUGCAGGCCUUUCAAAAGCCUCUGCCAAAGGUAAGACAUCAAUAUGCAGACAUAGCACAGAUACUAAUGACUCAUUGGUUGGUUGCUUUACCUGAAUACCACCCCCUCUUUUGGUUAAAACUGGUACUGCAUCAUGUAUGUCUUCACCUUAACACACACGCUUCCCCUUCAUCUACUCAUGAUGUGGCUUAAUAUCAAGUGUAACCUGAAUCGCACAUCUUAAAUGUUGUGUUAUUUCAACCUCACACUGACAAACAUCCUCUGAUCUGCUCUAUUUAGAUACUCGAGUUAAACUUUGUCCUCUCCUCUGUUCUUCUUCCCUUUUAUUUUAUCGCUCCCUCCUUCUCUAAUCCAUCACUUCAUCCAUUCAUCCGUUAUUUAGUUCU